AUGGACUCCGCAAAGGCCGCCGUUAAGGAAUUCAUGUCCAAGUCUGGACACCACGACACCACUGUCCACGAGAAGGUCGCUCCCGCUGUCACCCACGAGAGCCACCAGCUCCAGCAGCACGAGCAGAUCCAGACUGCCAUUGACAAGGAGGUUCACCAGGACCACUACCACACUUCCAUCCAGCCCAUCAAGGACCGUGAGGUUCUCCCCGAGCAGCACCACCACAACCUUGCCGCCGUUGAGCACCGCUCGUUCGAGCACGGCAACGACGCUCAGGUUAAGGAGCGUCUCGCCGCUGAGGCUGCCCAGUUCAGAGAUGAGCGCACCGAGCUCGAGGCUGUGCACUCUAAGUCGAUUGCACCCACCAUCGGCGGUGAGCACAUCCACCACCACGUCCACGAGACCAUCCAGCCCGUCGUCAACAAGGAGACCAUCGAGCCUCACGUUGUCCACACCACCGUCCCCAUCCACGAGGUUCACCACAACGCCGCUCAGCACCACACCGCAUCUGCUCUUCCUGCCGUCUCCAUGGCCGACUUUAAGAAGCAGGGUGGUGUCCUGACUGGCCGCGAGGAGCGUUACGAUGGCUUCGAGGGUGAGCCCCGCACUGUUGGCGGCGCCCACACUUCCACCACUGGCACUGGUCUCACCGGCUCCAGCACCACCGGCCGCGAGACCCUUGGUGAGCGUCCCUCUCUCAUGGACAAGCUCAACCCCAAGAAGGAUGCCGACCGUGACGGCAAGGCCGGCAUGAUGGACUAA